AUGGCGCCCGCGCCGCCUGGGAGUCAGGUUGCCCCACUACCGUCCAAUCUGCCUUUUCGGCUCGUCAGCAAAACCAUCGGACAAGGCGCAUAUGCUUCUAUCCGCAAAGCAGUCCCCAUCAAUGCGCCGAAACCAAUCAUUGCGAUCAAGUUCAUCAACAAAGAACAUGCCUUUAAGCAAGGCCGGCUCACACCCAAACAGAUCAAGACGGAAAUCAUACUUCACAAACACCUCGGUAAGCACGCCAACAUCAUCCACCUGCUUGGUUCCGGCGAAGAUGCGCUUUGGACAUGGAUCGCCAUGGAGUUAGCCGAGGGUGGAGACUUGUUCGAUAAGAUAGAGGCCGACGAGGGCGUGGGCGAGGACAUUGCGCAUCUGUACUUCAGUCAGUUGGUCAGUGCUGUGUCGUAUAUGCAUUCAAAGGGCGUUGCGCAUCGCGACAUCAAGCCUGAGAAUGUGCUGUUGAGCGCCGAGGGAGACUUGAAGCUUAGUGAUUUUGGGCUCGCCGCGCUGUUCAAGAAGGAUGGCCAGUUGAGAUUGUGCAAUACCGUGUGUGGAAGUCCGCCAUACAUUGCGCCAGAGAUUGUGAGUGGGAGGCGAAGUAAAAGAGCUGAUGUGUUAGACGUGGGCUAUGCGGCAAACAUCUGCGAUGUCUGGAGCUGCGGUGUCGUGCUGUUCGUGUUGUUGGUGGGAAAUACGCCAUGGGACGAGCCAACGCUGCGGAGCGAGGAGUAUAAGGAAUAUGUCGAGACCGGCGGACACACUACCGACGAACUAUGGCAAAAGCUUCCACCUGCCAUCAUCAGCCUGCUUCGAGGCAUGCUGAAGAUUGAUCCCACAGAACGCUUCACUCUCGACGAAGUGCGUCGUCACCCCUGGUUCACCCGACCGAACCCAUACCUCACCCCGAGCGGCCACAACGCCAACCCCGUCGGCCUGGCCACACAAAUGCUAUCCCAACUACGCAUCGACUUCACCCACGUACCCACCCCAUCCCAGCGCGGUUUCUCCCAAGAAGACCCCAUGGACAUCGACUCGGACCCUCACCGCUCCAGCGCCAUCACCCUCCUUUCUUCCACCCAGCCCGAAACCCCCGUCGCAGAUACCCCAUUCGACUGGGAACGUCCACCCCGCCUCGCCUCGCACGACGGUCUCUCUGCCUCCCAGCCCACAGACAACCUCCAGCGCAAAACACUCUACCUGUCAUCAACACCCCUGAUGUCACAACUACCCCCUUCCACACAAGACAUGCUCUCCCAUGACCCCAGCAUGACGCAAUUCUCCCUGACCCCCGGCGUGCCUCUCACCUUUACGCAAGCGGCGCGGAAAUUCGCAGAUGUUUUGCCUUCGUAUUCCAUGGCGCGCUUCAUAUCGCCUCAUGCGCUCAGUCUCCUCAUUCCCUUGCUGCUCGAAUCCCUGCACCGUUUAGGCGUUCCUGCACCGCUGUUCACACAAGACCAGAUUGUCGAGGCGGAAGCUAGCGGGAGCGUGAGUAUCCGUGUCAAGAUGGCGGAUGGGCGGCGCCAGGGGCUCAAUGGACAUGUUGUGAUUGAGCAGGCAGUGUAUGACGGGCAAGGGUACAAUGAGGUGAGGUUCGUGAAGGCGAGUGGUGACCCAUUGGAGUGGAGACGGUUUUUCAAAAACGUCGUGCUUUGUGUUGGCGAUGUCGUCUUGAGGCCUGGCUGA